AGGCACAGGCCCACACUGUGCUGGAAAUGAACUACACUGCGCAGCAACUUACAGCAGCUGUGGUGUCUGAGGGGCUCCGCCCUAUUCUUGCUGAUCUUGAGUUGGGUGCACCAGCAAGUUUACUCCCUUUGAUACAACGAUGUUGGGAUGGUAAUCCUCUAAAAAGGCCAUCUUUUGAUGAUAUAAUGGUGGCACUUGAUUCCAUUUUGGAGACCAGAAAUAGAGUGAAAGAUGAGGAAAAGGUCCUCCCUGAACCUUCUCUCUCUCCUGGUGACAAGGAUACCGCAAACCGUCGAAUUUUUCAAGAGAGUAUUAAUUGGUUUUCCCAGGGGGAGUAUUUCUCAAAGAGAGUUUCUCCUGCCCCAGGUUCUGGGGUGAGAAUUGGGUUUGAUUCUUCAAAUGAUCCUUUGGCAUACUGUCCAGUGCUAUCAUGGGUUCCUUCUCUACUUGUGGGAGGAGGGAAUCUAUGGAGGACACACACUUCCUUAUGCCGAAUAUGUGCAAUGAAAAGAAUAUCCAUGCGUUUGGAGUCUUUGAUGGUCAUAGAGGUGCUGAAUAAGAUGAUGUACUUUCAAUCUUAA